CUGGAAAUCCCCUAGGAAGAUAUAAUAACAAAGUGAACUUUAAAGAUAAAACAUUUACGAGUAAAAGAAGUACAGGUGGACAAGAUUCUUAUUACAGAGUUUACCGGUAAAAAAAAUGGCUGUUCACAUUCAAGUGGCCCUCUUGGGUAUCCUUUCCUGUCUUAUAUCAGGAAAUGACGCAAAUGAUAUAUACACCUUCAAAAAGGGAGAUGAUAGUAUAUUUUACUACAAAUAUUACUACUAUGCAGAAGAGGCAGCAAAAAGUAAAAUGAGUACAGGCGAAAUAGUAGGACUUGUCGUCGGAAUCAUAGGGGGGUGUCUUGUGUUCGUGUUUCUCUGUGUUUGCUGCAUUGUUUGGUGUGUCCGCAGUAGUGAACCCAGAGGAGCGCCCCCUGGGCGAAUGUCAAACUUCAACCUGUCUCCACAGACUCGGAGGAGAGAGCGCACGCUAGGAGAAGUUCCAAGAAGAGUGGGUGUAUUGAGAAUUGUUCGAGUUUUUGGAAUUCGUGUUCAAGGACCGGAAGAAGGGGCUACAAAUCCCACAAUGCCGCCUGAUUACAGCGAAGCGGUGAAAAAUCAACCGCCAUCUUAUGACGAAGCGACCUCUGGUGGAAUAGUAAAUCCAGGUUUUGGAAUGUCAAAUCCAAGUGAUUCAUCACAUUUCCAAGAUACAAGAACAAUCGACUCUAAUGCAUAAUAGUCAUGUCGAUCAUUUAAGAGAGAGA